AUGAGAAGGAUAGACCUGAUAUGUAAAGUUUUGGCUCCUGGAUUCGUAACGUUACUGCCUACUGGGUUUUCCGCCAUUGAAAGUACCAAAGAUCACUCGGUAUUUUGGAGCGUCGUUGUAAUUGCGGCUAUCUCCGCGUUGAGCCCCUGGGUAGAAUGGCUUUCUGCACAGCGAGUUUGGGAGAAUAAUGACCUCCUGCAGGCUCCAAAGGUCAUGGAAGAGCAGCAAGCACAAGGAAGGGAAGUGGAGAACAGAUAUACAGGUACUCUUGACCAAUAUCUAAGAGGGAAGGCGUCAGGGUUUGUGCGAUUCUGCAACAGUGCAGUUUUUCUACCAACGAUAUCCAUUUCGCUUCUGUACUUAUCCGUACUAACGUUCUCGUCGCCGAUGAUUACGUUCCUCCUAAAUGCCGGUUUUACUCUCCCUGUUGUUACAACGGCACGGUUGUUUAGCAGCGUUCUUGAAGUGAGCGCUACGGCAGUUAUGCCAUGGGGCGUAAAGACAUUGAGGGACCGUCCGGUAAAGUAUUGGAGACCGGCUGAUGAAGAUCAGCUCGUGCUUCUUGAAGAAUAUCCACCAGGCCGACCUAAUAUCGAUAAAGCUGAAGUUGAGCGAGUUGGUCUGUGGGCUGUCUGGUGGAUGACAUUAUCACUGAUGCCUGCAGUAUAUGGGGUCGCAGGACUGACUUCAACUCCUAACACCUCUCCGGCCGGCCUUCCACUUCCGCACUUUUCUAUCCCCAUGCUCCUCAGCGUCGCAUUCUCACGCAUCGGUCUAUGGACAUAUGACCUCGCCUACUCACAGCUACAGCAGACCCUCCCUCCUCCCUCACUCCGAGGAGAAUUCACAGGCAUCGAGCAGAGUUUUGUCUCAACAGCCGAGCUUUUGCAGUGGACUUUGACGGCAAUUUUAAGCCGCCCGGAGGACUUUGAUGUGUUGGCUGUGAUUAGUUGGACAAGUAUACUUGGGGCGGCGGGAUGUUAUGCCUGGUUUAUCAGGAAGAGGAGGGGUCAUUUGUUGCAUGUUAAGGUCUCGACGUGUUGUAAGACUUGA